AAAUAUGCGCGAGGUCUCCGCGCAUCCAAAUAUGGCGGACAAAUUUCUGGUGUUUCGUCUGAAAUUCCUUCACAAAAAUGCACCAACCUUCUCCUUCACAAAACCUUGACAAUGUUACGAGUAGACUUCGAGCAAAGCCUGAAUAACCACAGGAAAAUCCUGAUUCUUGUCAAACCAAUCGGUUACAUUGGGGACAAGCGAUUCGCGAAAGUGUUCGAGGAAAUUUCACAAUAUAAACACGCGCAAGUGCCCAACUCGACAAGGACGCUUCAUUUGCGAUAUUCACAGCAGAUAUCUCCACAUUUUCUGGAAUGGGGCUCUUUUCAUGCACACAGAAAAGUCCAUGGACUUAUCUCUGUGGCGAUAUGUACAAACACGAAAGAGACAGAAAAAAUGAUAGAGAAAAUCAACGAUUUGAAAAAGCAAUUUGACGCUACAUUACUGGACUCGCGAUGUUUCGUUUUCUGUAAACCCGAUGAUGGUUGUCAAAGUAGAAAGGAUUUCGUCUUUAUUGACGAUGAAAAUAGUGAAUCAGAGCUAGAAAGACACAUGGCAGAAUUUGUGGCUUCUCUGUUUAAUGUUUUGGAGUCUAAGAGAAUGAGCAAGCUGGCAGAGAAGCCGGAUAAAGUCUCUCCCCUCUAUGCCCCAGUUGAACAGGAUUUUAAUGGCGAUGAAAACAGGGGCUUCAAGAGAAAGUUUAUUGGCAGAAGCAGAAAAUACCUUGCUGACCUUAGCCUGCUAGUUGGUCUUCCACAGGACGCUCUUUGCCACUACUUCCUUGCAAUAGAACACUUACGUGCCAUCAAUGACCUGCUUUGGGUGGCUGGCUCAAUUGAAGGGCAGUGUGCAUCUUCUGUAGCUAUCAAUUUAGUGGGUAAAGAUAAUGGAACAAAGUCUUUGGUUCUCCCGACAGACUGUGCAGCCAAAGCUGCCAAUGUCACUAAUAAUGGACUUGGAAAUGAUGUAGAUGAGGCAAAGUUUAGAAAUGUUACAGCGUUUACUUAUGAGGAGGUCUAUGAGAGACUUUCAGAAGCAAUUUAUCUUUAUGGAAGGAUCAAAGGUGCAUCCAUUGUUGAAGUAGAAGCUCACCUAAAGCUGACCCGACUCUUGAUUUCACAAAAGAAACCAAUAGAUGCUAGUAUGGCCUUACAGAAUGCUCUCUCUGUUAACAUUACACUCACUGACCAAGAAAAGAUACAGCGAUACAGCUCUGCUGCUAAGCUCUAUACCCAUCUAGGUUUUCAUCGUAAGGCAGCGUUCUUCACAAGGGUGGCAGCCAUGCAGUGCGUCUCCCCUUCACUUCCCUCUCCGGCAUGGCCUGCUUCUUAUUCUCUACUUCUUCAAGCCAUCAAAGGCUACAAGAUCUUACUUGAUAAGAAUGACUUUUUAAAAGACCACCCAUAUGGCUGGCCUAGUCUUCAGAUCCGACUGAUGAAUGAGCUAGUCUUCACUGCCCGAAGGCUGGGCGACCCACGUCUGCCAAUGAGACAUAUGGCAUUCCUGCUCCAUGAGAUGCAUGAGUACCUGACAGACGCAGAGAAGUCGGACAUUGCCUCUGGACUGGAUAAUAUUGCCAGACAGUGCUCUGGUUCACCAUCAGCACUCGCCGCAUCAUCAGAAAAUGUUGUUGGGGUGUCAGAGGAGAUACAACCAGCUCUCUGCCUUGCAAGAAUGCCUCUUGUUAGAUGCCUCCACGUUCACCCUCUUGCACCACAUCUAAAACCUGUUGGAAGGAAAAAGCUGUCUACCGCUGCCUUGCCCAACAAGGGCCCAUUCAUAUUUUCCUCACUGCGGCGAAGCCCAAAGGAGGCCAGGAAGAGAAAAACAACCCUGUGGGUACAAGGGGAGGUUGGUCAGGUGUCCAUGGAGGUCUUUAAUCCUAUGCCUUUUGAGCUCAAAGUCAGUAAAAUGGUUUUGUGUACUGAGGGUGUUGAAUUCGAGCCCUUUCCAGCAUGCCUGUCCCUCCCUCCACACACAGGACCUCACUCAGUCAUCCUUCUCGGUAUCCCACAUGGCACAGGGCAGCUACACAUUACAGGUUACACAGUCACCGUAUUUGGCACAGACAGCACCUGCCCUCUGUCCAAGGACCACCUGCAGGUCAAGGAGGACUUCCCUCUAGAGGUAGAGGUGGUGCAGACUAUGCCUCUCCUACAGGUCAGCACCUCUCUGCCCAAGGUACGGGCCGCGCCCUUGGACCCCGACAGCCCUCAGAGUGCACCCCUUGUCACUGCGGUGACGCUUUAUGCAGGCCAAAGGAUCCAGGGCACCAUCACCCUGGAGAAUGUUGGAGGUCGAGCGAUAGAGUCCGUCAGCAUUUGCCUGAACAGCGAGCAGGGUGACGGGGUCAAUGACAUCUUCAGUAUCGACGAAGACGAAUUGAACUCGCGGCUCCCGCUGCCCCCUGGGGAAUCAACUGACGUCAGCAUCACCAUCACGGGCGUCUUUCACGUCCCGAUGUGCAUCGGGAGCUCAGAGAAUAUCUACUACGACCCCGAGGCACCAUGGGGCCUGAAUGGCAUUAUUCAGUUUCGUUACUAUGGGGGUGUGGGUGCGGACCAGCUAUACCGACGCGUUUCCAUGACAAUAGAUGUAUCUGUCGCUCCCAGUCUCCACUGCCAUAACUAUGACGUAAAAUCGCUACCAAGUAACGCCACUCAGUGCCUUGUGUUAUUCGACGCUGAUAACAAGACCUCGAACGACAUGGAGCUCGACUACAGGGUCCACAACAAACAAGACGAGCACAGCGCUACCAACAGCAAGGGCAUGCUGAGCAUUCAAGGCAACGAUACCAAGAAAGUCGCAGUGUAUUUACCAAGAUUUCUGUUAGCAAGCUCGGCGGACAGAGAUACUUCGGUGCUGUCAGAAAGAGACCGUCGACGCGCGUACUCCAAGGCCGUGCGGGAGAUGAUCCUUGUUAACUGGAGACUCCCGGUUUGCCUACUAAGUGGAUUCGGUAACCUCGACAACUUCACUCUUGACAUUGACAUGUUGAAGUGUAUUAAGCCAGAUCCCGUCCUCUUCGCCGUGACGGUGGACGGUAUCGCAUACACGCAGGACAGUCGCGUCACUGUGUCUCCGGGAACGGCCGUCCGCAUAGAUGCAAGCGUCACUAACACCACAGAUAUUACCUACGAACAGAUAUCGAUAACGUUUGAGCCAUACCAAGACUACGCGAACGGUUAUCGAGCGACAGACCUGCACGGUAAAGUAGCCUGGGUUGGAGAACUGAGCACCAACUCGCCAAAUAAGCUCCCUCCCGGUAACACUGUCGGACAUUCAUGCUCGUUCGUGUUCUUCUACCCCGGAGAUUUCAUGAUCCAAAUCGCUUGCACUGAAGCAGCAAAUUCACAUGACUCUCAAGGUACUUCCGCUGCCACUAGCAGAAACCUGGUUAACGGUGUAAACGCGGGCUCGUCGCUUGGAAUGAACAGAGGGACUGAUCCGACAGCUUCUACCACAUGGACGUUUUCUCCUAUUUUGAGAAUAACGGUGGUCACGUGACAGUGAAAGCGUGCACGUGUUUUGAGGUGAUGAAGCAGCAGUCGGCUGUGAGACUGGUUAUGGAGUUAUGGUCAUGGAGUUAUCUACAGCAGUCAUGAUGUCAUGAUGCAGUCAUGAUGAAUAAAGCGUUCUCUUGUUAUCAAGAAGGAACAACGGUGAGACAACUCAGUGUUUUGUACGUACUUAAGAAUUAAUGGAGUCAGCUGUAAGACUGGCUCACAAACAUAUCUUAACCAGCCGUCAGUUUGAUGCUUUGCAUCUUCUUAUGCAAAGGAAGAUACAUCAUUUCUACUGGAUCUUAAUGAGAAAGUCCUCAGCGUUUGUAAGUAUUUAUUUUAAGACUGCGCAUGUACUUGGGGGAUAAAGGCAUUGGAUGUGAGACUGGUUCUCACGAAGCCGUCGAUGUCAUGUUGGUGAAAGAUCGUGUUCGUAAAAACAAAAAACAACCCUCAGAGGCUCAGUGGGUUUGAGGCUGUGAGAGUUGUUCUCAGGGAGCAGUUUAAACACGAUUCGCCUGUCGACGUCGGAUCAGCCUUUCGUUUGUAACUUGGGCCCGUUACACAUUGCCACAUUACAUCAUGACCCUUUGUCACAAGACCCUACACAGGCCAAUUGCUUUAGGUAAACCUGUGGUCCCAUGAGUCAUGCUUACUGGAUGCUUCGGGACUGGGCAAGACUUUGAUGCUGCAUGUGAACAAUUCUAAAAAACUAAAAAUUCAUCAUUUUGUGCUUUGAUAAAAGGAUCCUUGUUCCAUAGAGUACCUUUGGGUGUUUAUUAUUGAGGUUAUGUAAAUCCAAAGCCAUGUACGAAUGUUGGGUAAAUUAUGUACAUUGGUUGAUAUAAAACACGAAAUUACAAAGAAAAA